CUUUACAAUGCCGCGAAGUCUGGAGAUGUCCAAACCCUGCGACGACUCUUAAUCCAAGAGGUUAGCCCCGAGUUCACGAAUAUUGAAGGUGAGACACCUUUGUGGAUUGCUGCUGCUGAAGGGCAUCGGGAUAUUGUGGAGCUCUUCAUAAAGGCUGGUGCGGAUCUAAACUUUCAGGAUGAAAAUGGGCAAACUGCUGUUUCGAUCGCGAGGGAAAAUGGACAUGAGGGGGUAGUUCGAAUCUUAGAGCAGUCCACUAUGAGGUUGGAAGGUACGGCCAAGUACAGGGCUACAAAACCCCGCCCCAAAACCAGAAGUAACCAUCAUAGAAGAAGAAAAAAAAAAUCUUUUUUUUGGCCUUCAUAUAAAUCUCUAUGUACACGAGACGUUAGACUGUGA